AUGGUGGCUCCGGCCUCAACGGGAGGCUCCUCGACAGGCGGACAGCCUCCAGCGAGCCGCCAGCCCGCUCGAUCGUCUAGCACUCACCCUUCGCAUUCUCACAAUGUGCCUUUGAGCGCUCGCCGAUCCGCGCCCCUCGACCUAUCCACCGUCGAACGACGGGGGCAGCCCAAUGCCCCUCGAGAACCGAGCCACCGAGUCCGUCCCCAUGGAUUAAAAGAGGCCCCGACUUUUCGCCCCACGGAGGAGGAAUUUAGAGACCCCGAGGCAUACAUUCGCAAAAUCGCGCCGGAGGGAAAGAAAUAUGGAAUUUGCAGGAUUAUUCCUCCUGAGAAUUGGCAGCCCACAUUUGCUAUAGACACCGAGCGAUUCCAUUUCAAAACUCGUCGACAGGAGCUCAACUCGGUUGAAGGAGGUAUGCCCCCGCGCUCAGCCAAGCUUGCUGCCGGUGGAGCUCCGCAGCCCAGUUCUGACCCGGAACCAGGAACUCGUGCAAACUUGAACUAUCUCGAUCAGCUAGCCAAGUUUCACAAGCAACAUGGUACCAACCUCAACCGGUUUCCGAGCGUCGACAAACGUCCCUUGGACCUGUACAAAUUGAAGAAGGCCGUCGAAGUUCGCGGCGGUUUUGACCAGGUCUGUAAGAUGAAAAAAUGGGCGGAAAUUGGUCGCGACUUGGGCUACAGUGGCAAAAUCAUGUCCUCCCUCUCAACGUCACUCAAGAACUCUUAUCAAAGAUGGCUGCAGCCAUAUGAAGAGUAUCUGCGUCUGGCCAAGCCCGGGGUGCAGCAGCAACUGGAGCUGGAACACGGCGGUCCCUACACACCCUCCCCUAAUCAUUCACCCAUGCCCAAAAAGCCGGUGUCGCUCGAGAGCAAUACUCCAUCGGCCACGCCUCAGCCGGUGUUAAGCAAUCCCGUUCUACCUCCGAGCGCAUCCAAAGAAGUUGAGGCGACCCCGGAGAAGCCCACCCCUCCGGUCGAGCCUACACCGCCCCGACCUAUUGCCUCUGGAUUUACGGCUGUUAAUGCUGGCUCCGGUGGAUUCACUGCUGUCAAUCGAUCACCAUCCUUUAUCGCGGUGAAUAGCGGUCCUCCCGUAAAGCGAGAAGUAGAUAACGGUUCUCUCACCCCGAAGAGCAUCGCUGAGCCCCCGCCAAAUCCCAGCGCUGUCUCCAACGGCCAUGGAAGUCAGCCGAUGAAGCGCGCCAUCAGCCACGAAAGUGGAUCGCAACCCGAGAAUGGUGAAGUUGAUGCCAACGGGCGACGGAGCAAGCGCCUGCGGAAAGACGCGCCUCUACCCACUGUUUCGGGCUCCCACAUGAGUCUUCUCCGCCCAGCUCCACCCCGCCAACGCAAAAGCGACAACCGGAAGAUUGGCGAUAAAUGCGAAAUAUGUGGCAAAGCCGAGGAGCGAUCGUCUAUCCUUGUGUGCGAUAGCUGUGACCAUGGGUACCACAAGACCUGUCUCGAUCCGCCCCUGACUACUGUGCCUGAAUAUGACUGGCAUUGUCCCAAGUGCCUAGUCGGUACAGGGGAAUUUGGAUUUGAAGAAGGUGGAGUGUACUCGCUCAAGCAGUUCCAGGAGAAGGCGAAUAAUUUCAAGAAAAUCUAUUUCGCCUCCAAAAUGCCCUUCGAUCCCGUCCUGAACACCCACAGGCGCGAGUCGGAAGAUGAUGUCGAGCGGGAGUUUUGGAGACUGGUGGAGAGCUUGACAGAAACCGUCGAGGUCGAGUACGGCGCCGAUAUCCACUCGACGACGCAUGGCAGCGGCUUCCCCACGAUUGAGCGGAAUCCUUUGGACCCGCACUCGGUCGAUCCCUGGAAUCUCAACGUGAUGCCUUUCCAUGGAGACUCAUUGUUUCGUCACAUCAAGUCGGACAUUUCUGGCAUGACUGUUCCGUGGGUUUAUGUCGGCAUGUGUUUUUCGACGUUCUGUUGGCACAACGAGGAUCACUACGCUUACUCGGCCAAUUACCAGCACUUUGGUGCUACCAAGACCUGGUACGGUAUCCCGGGAGCCGAUGCGGAGGCCUUUGAGGAAGCGAUGAGAUCAGCAGUCCCCGAACUCUUUGAGGGUCAGCCCGACCUCCUUUUCCAACUGGUCACGUUGAUGCCUCCGGACCAACUGAGAAAGGCCGGUGUCAACGUGUAUGCUCUUGAUCAGCGGGCCGGUCAAUUUGUCAUUACUUUCCCCCAGGCGUACCAUGCUGGAUUCAACCAUGGCUUCAACUUUAAUGAAGCUGUCAACUUCGCGCCGGCCGACUGGGAGCCCUGGGGCGCAGCGGGUGUGCAACGCCUCCAAGACUUCCGACGCCACCCGUGUUUCUCGCAUGACGAACUGCUCCUGACAGCCGCCGGUCGUGAUUCAUCGAUCACGACCGCGAAAUGGUUGGCACCUGCACUCCAACGCACCUGCACGCGGGAGCUGGCUGAUCGAGUAGCCUUCGCUGCCCGGCAUCGUGAGAUGGCCCCGCAUAACUGCGCUCUUUAUUCCGAAGACCCGGCAGCUUCUGGCGACUGCCAGCUUAAGUUCUUGGUCGAGGAGGAAGACCUGCCGGAGGAAGACUACCAGUGCCAGUAUUGCAAGGCGUUUGCCUACCUCGCACAGUUCCGCUGUCACAAGACCGGGAAGACUGUUUGCCUGCCCCACAUGGAAACGUAUGAUUGCUGUGGAGAACCACUAACUCAAAGGUUACUUGGUCCGGACCACACACUGCGUUACCGAAUGAGCGACGAUGCCCUGAAGGCCCUGGUUUUGAAGGUCCAGGAACGCGCCCGGAUCCCCGAGGCCUGGGGAGAGAAGCUCGACAAAAUUCUGGAAGACGAGCCCAAACCCCAGUUAAAGGUCCUUCAUAACCUACUUAAUGAAGGUGAGAAAAUCCCAUACCAUUUGCGUGGUCUCCAAAAUCUCGCGGCCUUCGUCCAGCGCUGCGAUAAGUGGGUUGAAGAAGCAACCAAUUACAUUACCCGGAAGCAGCAGAACCGGAGGAAGAACGAGAAAGCUUGGCGCAAGGGGACUUCUAAGGCUGCGCAGCUGGAAGAACGUGAUCGUGAAGUUCGCAGAGUAGAAAACAUCUACGCCCUUCUUGCAGAGGCUGAUAAACUGUCGUUCGACUGUCCACAGAUGGCGGCUCUGGAAGAGAAGACCCGCGAGAUCGAGAAAUUCCGCCAGGACGUUAACGCUGCCCUCAUGAACCCCCACCUCCGAUCGGUCCAGGAAGUCGAGGAUCUGGUGGAAUCCGCCCGCAAUUUCAACGUGGACUUACCCGAGGUUGAGGGACUAGAGCACAUCCUCCGACAGAUGAAAUGGAACGACGAAGCGCGUCGCAAACGGGACCAGUACCUGACGCUGAAGGAAUGCAAAGAGCUCAUCCUUGCCGGCGAGCAACUAGGACUAUCGGAAACCAACGAGCUCCUGCUCCACUUCAGGGACCACUGUCGUCACGGUGAGGCCUGGGAGGCAAAAGCCAAAGAGUUGAUGUCCGUAGAAGCCGUGCACUACCAGCAACUCGAGGCAUUGUCUGCACAGGCGUCCCGGUUCCCGGUUUCUCCCGACACGCUUUCGGCCGUAGAUGCUAUAUUGACCAAACAACGCGAAGCGCAGAAGAAAAUCCAAAGCCUAUACGAUCGGAGCCGGGACCCGGAUAUUCAAAAACGACCCAUGUACAAGGAAGUCCGGGAACUCAUGGAAUCCGUGGAGGAGCUAAACAGCCGGCCUACUGGAGCGAUCGACCUGGAGCGCGAGCAGAAACGCCACGAGGAUUGGAUGAGGAAGGGCAAGAAGCUGUUUGGGAAGGCCAAUGCCCCGCUGCAUAUUUUAAAAUCCCAUAUGGAGUACGUCGAGAAAAGGAAUUCAUACUGCUUUGACCUGGAGGAUCGGUGCCGGCCGCCCGUGGAACCCUCGUCGCGAGACAAUACUCCUGACGGGUUGCUGGAGAGCACCAGUGUCCCUAGCAUGUGGGGUGGUGGGAAGUCACGGAAGCGCGAUGUAUUCUGCAUCUGCAGGCACUCGGAAGCUGGCAUGAUGAUCGAGUGCGAGGUUUGUCAUGAAUGGUACCACGGGAAAUGCCUGAAGAUUGCACGUGGCAAGGUCAAAGAGUUCGACAAGUAUACCUGCCCUAUCUGCGACUGGCGUCAAAAGAUUCCCCGCGAUGCUGCUCGUCCAAAACUGGAGGAUCUCCUCGAUUGGCAGGCGGAGAUUCAAGGCUUGCCAUUCCAGCCCGACGAAGAGGAGAUCUUGGAUAACAUCAUCAACCAAGCGACUACUUUCCGUGAUUUCCUACAGAGCUUCACGAAUGCGGCUUGUACCACCACCGAGGAGGUCCCCACGUUGAUCUUCUAUCUACGGAAAAUCGAAGGUGCAGAGGUUCUAUUGGCGUAUGAGACGAACUUUUUCCGACAGGAGAUACACAAGUGGGCGCCUGUUGCGCCGGAAGCUCCACCGAUCUUGGAACAGUCGCUUUCCACACGGAAACCCCGUCCAACGAAGCAGCAGAAAAUCAUGGCCCAGCUAGGCGUUGAGCGGCCGGAGGAUCUCCCUCCGCACCUGCGCACCAAGCAGCCAUCCUUCGACAAACGGAAAUCGAUCGAUGCUCAGACCGGCCGGCCUUCCCUCCUGGGCGAUGGACCCAGCUCAGAGUCGGGCCGCGGUGGUCCUACGCUGACGCCAAUGACCGAGUCGCAAAACCUGCCCUAUCCUUUCUCUGCCAAUUACUCCUUACCAGCCAGCGACUCUACGCCAGCCUUUGCGCCUGGCUCUUCGGCUUUCCUACCCCAUGUUUCCGCGGAUUCGCCCUCGUUUCCUCCCCGUUCCCCGCCUCUGCCUCAUCAAGGAUUGGAUACCUCCCUCUUCAGCUCUCCCCGAUAUAACCGAGACCCCAACGAUGGGCCUCCCGUAGUCGAUGUUGACAGUCGCGAUCCAUUUGACAGCAGUCCUCGGGGGAACCUCGACGAUGUGUUUGCGGAUCUGACCAAUCAAGAUGUGGAGCCAUAUCCCGAGGCCGAGCAGGAACCGGAGCCUAUGGACAACAUGCAUGCCAAUGAGGCGCUCGAGGCUCUCGACGUGAGCAAUAGUGACGAUGAUGCCAACUCCAUGCGGGAUGGAGCCUCACUAGAUGCGAAAGCCAAUGGGGGGACCAACGGCCAAGCUGACGCAGACGACAGUGCGGAUGAGCUCUGA